CGCUGGGGCUUUCCCCGCUGCGCGCCCCGGGGCGCCGGGGCGCCGGGGCUCCGCUCUCGUACGGCGGCAGUCGCUGCCCCCGUCUCCUGACCCCCCGACGCUCGCUCCGUCCCCCCUCUCCCUGCCUGGCGCUCGGGGUUGGGAUAAUCUCGCUCGCACCCAAACCACAGCGCUCCCGCGGCUAAUCCUGCCCUCUCCCCUCUCCCUUCCCACCCCGCCCCCGGCCCUUCCUCUACUGCCCUCUCCCCUCCCCGCUCCCCCUGCUCGCCCCCCGGGGCCCCUCCGUCCCCGUCCUCCCGCUGCCGCCGGCGGCCCGGCGGGUGGGUGCGAGGUCGGGGCUGCCGGGCACCCCGCCCCUCCCCGGCGGGGCCGUCAUUAGGCUGCCGGUUGAUUACAGGGUAUUGAUUUGUAUGUGCUUCUCCCGGCGCCGGCCGCUCCCGCUGGUGCUGCUGGAGUUCGGGCAGCGCUUCUCGUAGCGGCGGCGGCAGCUCCUACCAAACAUGUCGGCUCCCGCCGGGCCCCGGAGCGGCCCCGCCGCUCCUCAGCCUCCUCCGGCCCCGCAGCCCGAGAUGCCGGACCUCAGCCACCUCACGGAGGAAGAGCGGAAGAUCAUUCUGGCCGUCAUGGACCGCCAGAAGAAGGAAGAGGAGAAGGAGCAAUCCGUGCUCAAGGUCAAAGAAGAGCAAAAACCACAGCCGACACAGUGGUUUCCCUUUAGUGGGAUCACUGAGCUGGUAAAUAACGUUCUUCAACCACAGCAAAAACAGCAAAAUGAAAAGGAGCCCCAGACAAAAUUACAUCAGCAGUUUGAGAUGUAUAAGGAGCAAGUGAAGAAGAUGGGUGAAGAAUCACAGCAGCACCAGGAGCAGAAGGGUGAUGCCCCAACCUGUGGCAUCUGCCACAAAACCAAAUUUGCUGAUGGCUGUGGCCAUAACUGUUCCUAUUGCCAAACGAAAUUCUGCGCGCGCUGCGGAGGAAGAGUGUCUCUGCGGUCCAACAAGGAGGACAAAGUGGUAAUGUGGGUCUGUAACUUGUGCCGAAAACAACAAGAAAUCCUCACAAAAUCGGGAGCCUGGUUCUAUAACAGCGGCUCACACGCGCCGCAGCCGCCGGACCAGGAAGGAGUGAGAGCUCUGAGGAACGAGGAAGCACCUCAAGAGAAAAAAGCAAAACUGCAGGAGCAUCCCCAGUACCAGGGACCACCAGGUGACAUAUCCACACAAGCUUUGGACAAAAACAGAUCUCAAGGGCUCACAAGACAAGACUCAAUUAAGAAUGGUUCAACAGUAAAGCAUCCAGUAACAAGUGACACAUCAGACAGGAAAAGAAGCCCUUCAAUAUCAAGAGAACAGAGCAGAAGAUACGACCAAAGGGACGAGAGAGACGAAUACUCACAGUAUGCUACAUCAGACAGUGCGAUGCCCAGGUCACCAUCAGAUUAUUCAGAUAGGCGGUCACAGCGUGGGCCCCAGUUGUACGAAGAACCUGAACUGGGUGAUUAUAGAGAUUCCAACAGAAGGAGCCGCAGACGUUCCAAGGAGUAUCCGGUAGAAGAAGAAGAUGCGCAAAGCAGGGAAGAAUAUGAGAGGCAAAGGAGGGAAGAGGAAUACCAGGCACGAUACCGGAGUGAUCCUAAUUUGGCUCGUUAUCCAGUCAAGCCACAGCCAUAUGAGGAGCAAAUGCGUAUCCAUGCUGAAGUGUCCCGCGCACGUCAUGAACGCAGGCAUAGCGAUGUCUCACUGGCAAAUACAGAGCUGGAAGAUUCUCGGAUGUCCAUGCUCAGGAUGGAACGACCAUCAAGACAAAGAUCAGUGUCUGAGCGCAGGGCCGCCAUGGAAAACCAACGUUCAUACUCUAUGGAAAGAACUCGAGAGGCUCAGGGACCGAGUCCCAAUCGUCAGAGGACCACAAAUCAUAGCCCUCCUACACCUAGGAGGAGUCCAAUUCCUCUGGAAAGACCAGACAUGAGGCGCUCUGAUUCUUUAAGGAAACAGCACCAUUUGGAUCCCAGUUCUGCUGUCCGGAAAACAAAACGUGAAAAGAUGGAGACAAUGCUACGGAAUGAUUCACUCAGCUCGGACCAGUCUGAAUCUGUCAGACCUCCACCACCAAAGCCCCAUAAAACGAAAAAAGGAGGUAAAAUGCGCCAGGUUUCAUUAAGUAGCUCAGAAGAAGAAUUGGCAUCCACUCCAGAAUAUACAAGUUGUGAUGAUGUAGAGAUUGAAAGUGAAAGUGUUAGUGAAAAAGGGGACAGUCAAAGGGGAAAAAGAAAAACUAGUGAGCAGGCAGUUUUGUCGGAUUCUAACACCUUAUCCGAGAGGCAAAAGAAAAUGGUGUGCUUUGGUGGCCACUCCUUGGAAGAGGACUUGGAAUGGUCUGAGCCUCAGAUAAAAGACUCUGGGGUAGAUACGUGUAGUAGCACCACUCUAAACGAGGAACAUAGCCAUAGUGAGAAGCAUCCAGUAACUUGGCAACCCUCCAAAGAUGGAGAUCGUCUCAUUGGUCGGAUUUUGUUAAAUAAGCGACUGAAAGAUGGAAGUGUGCCUAGAGAUUCAGGAGCAAUGCUUGGAUUGAAGGUAGUAGGAGGAAAGAUGACUGAAUCAGGUCGACUCUGCGCAUUUAUCACCAAAGUUAAAAAAGGAAGCUUAGCUGAUACAGUGGGGCAUCUUAGACCAGGUGAUGAAGUAUUAGAAUGGAAUGGAAGGAUACUACAAGGAGCCACCUUUGAGGAGGUGUAUAAUAUCAUUUUAGAAUCCAAACCUGAGCCACAAGUAGAGCUUGUAGUUUCAAGACCAAUAGGGGACAUUCCCAGAAUACCUGACAGCACACAUGCACAGCUGGAGUCCAGUUCUAGUUCAUUUGAAUCUCAAAAAAUGGACCGACCUUCUAUUUCAGUGACUUCUCCUAUGAGUCCUGGCAUGUUAAGGGAUGUUCCACAGUUCUUGUCUGGACAACUUUCAAUAAAACUGUGGUAUGACAAGGUUGGUCAUCAGUUAAUAGUGACCAUACUGGGAGCAAAGGAUCUUCCUUCAAGGGAAGAUGGGAGGCCAAGGAAUCCUUAUGUUAAAAUUUACUUUCUUCCAGACAGAAGUGAUAAAAAUAAAAGAAGAACAAAAACAGUAAAGAAAACAUUGGAACCUAAGUGGAAUCAGACAUUUAUUUAUUCUCCAGUUCAUCGGAGAGAGUUUAGAGAACGAAUGUUAGAAAUCACUCUUUGGGACCAAGCACGAGUUCGAGAGGAAGAAAGUGAAUUUUUAGGAGAGAUUCUUAUUGAGUUAGAGACAGCAUUACUAGAUGAUGAACCCCACUGGUACAAACUUCAAACACAUGAUGUCUCUUCAUUGCCACUUCCCCAUCCCUCACCAUAUUUGCCACGCAGACAGCUCCAUGGCGAGAGUCCCACACGGAGGUUACAAAGAUCCAAAAGAAUCAGUGACAGUGAAGUCUCUGAUUAUGACUGUGAUGAUGGAAUUGGUGUUGUUUCAGAUUACCGACAUAACGGGAGAGAUCUUCAAAGUUCAACACUGUCAGUGCCAGAGCAAGUAAUGUCAUCUAAUCAUUGUUCUCGAUCAGGGUCCCCUCACCGUGGAGAUAGUAUAGGACGGACUAGAUCGUGGUCUCCCAGUGUCCCUCCCCCACAAAGUCGGAAUGUGGAUCAGGGACUGCGAGGGACUCGAUCCACGGCUGCGCACUACAACACCCUGAACCGCAUGGACAGACACCGAGCUGUAGACGACCACUACUCCCCAGACAGAGAGAGGCAUUGUGAAGCAGCAGAUAGACAGCCAUAUCAAAGAUCCAGAUCAACAGAGCAACGUCCUGUGCUAGAGCGGACCAACUCCCGCUCCCGAUCCACAGAGCGUCCUGACUCAAACCUCAUCAGGUCGAUGCCUUCAUUAAUGACUGGAAGAUCUGCCCCUCCUUCACCUGCCUUACCGAGGUCACAUCCUCGAACUGGGUCUGUCCAGACAAGUCCAUCAAGUACUCCAGUAGUAGGGCGAAGGGGCAGGCAGCUACCGCAGCUCCCACCAAAGGGGACGUUGGAGAGAAAAGAAGCGGAAUCAUCAAGGAGAACAAACUCAGGUGCACUGGAUGUAGAAGAAAGGAAUCGCCAAAUGAAAAUGAGCAAGUACAAACAGGUAGCAGGAUCAGAUUCCAGGCUGGAACAAGAUUAUCAUUCUAAGUAUCGGUCGGGGCGGGAUCCUCAUCGAGGCUCGGACAAUGUUUCCAACAAGUCCUCGGACAGUGAUGUCAGCGACGUCUCGGCCGUGUCCCGCACCAGCAGCGCGUCCCGCUUCAGCAGCACCAGCUACAUGUCUGUGCAGUCAGAGCGCCCCAGGGGCAGCAAGAAAAUAAGUGUCUUUACAUCCAAAAUGCAAAGCAGACAGAUGGCCAUCUCAGGAAAGAACAUGACAAAGAGCACCAGCAUCAGCGGGGAGAUGUACACGCUGGAGAAGAACGAUGGCAGCCAGUCGGACACGGCAGUGGGCACUGUUGGUGGUGGCAGCAAAAAGAGGCGCUCCAGCAUUGGUGCAAAGAUGGUCGCCAUCGUGGGGCUGUCCAGGAAGAGCCGUAGCACGUCACAACUCAGCCAAACUGAAGCAGGGGGCAAGAAGCUACGGAGCACCGUCCAGAGGAGCACAGAGACAGGGCUGGCCGUGGAGAUGAGGAACUGGAUGACUCGCCAGGCAAGCCGGGAGUCAACGGAUGGGAGCAUGAACAGCUACAGCUCUGAGGGAAAUUUGAUCUUCCCUGGUGUGAGGUUGGCUGCAGACAGCCAGUUCAGUGAUUUUCUGGAUGGACUUGGUCCUGCCCAGCUUGUAGGACGACAGACAUUGGCAACGCCAUCAAUGGGAGAUAUUCAGGUGGGAAUGAUGGAUAAGAAAGGACAACUGGAAGUAGAAAUAAUCCGAGCCCGUGGCCUUGUUGUAAAACCAGGUUCAAAGACACUGCCAGCACCGUAUGUAAAGGUGUAUCUAUUAGAAAAUGGAGUCUGCAUAGCCAAAAAGAAAACAAAGGUAGCAAGAAAAACGCUGGAGCCACUUUAUCAGCAACUGCUAUCAUUUGAAGAAAGUCCCCAAGGGAAAGUUUUACAGAUAAUUGUUUGGGGAGACUAUGGACGUAUGGAUCACAAAUCCUUUAUGGGAGUGGCACAGAUACUUUUAGAUGAACUGGACCUGUCCAACAUGGUGAUUGGGUGGUUCAAACUUUUCCCUCCUUCUUCCCUAGUAGACCCAACCUUAGCUCCUCUCACUAGAAGAGCUUCCCAAUCAUCUCUUGAAAGUUCAACAGGACCUUCGUAUGCUCGCUCAUAGCAGCUGUGAAACUGUUGUCAUAGCAACCAGCGUUACAAAAAAAUAAAAUUACAGGUCGCAAACCCUGGUAACACUGCAUGCUUAAUGUUGUGUCUUCUGAGCCUGUUUCUAGGGCUGCAACGCGAUCCUGUGUUCUCAAGGAAGUUGCACACAUUGUGCCCUACAGAAGGCCCUCAGGUGAUGGACUGAAAUCAUGAAGAACUGAUAGGUUUGGAGUUCAGGGACUCAGUUUUGGUCCAAUCUGAAGCCAUGGACUAAACUAAAAAAAAUCAAUCUGUUUCAUGCAACAAAAGUCCUUUUCAAUGGCAUAUCUGUUUUGUUGCUCCCUUUUCUUUAUUUAUCUGCCCUCCCCUCCUAAAGUUUGGUUAUGCCACAGAAAUGGAGUUACCCUCCCAUGGAGCCACAUUACAAGUCAGUGGAUUAGCAGACAUUGGAAGAAAAGAAGAAUCUAAGGAUCAUCCUUAGACUGGAUGGAAAAGUCAACUGGUACUUGCAGCAGUUGCUUGAGAUCUGAAAACUCUUCAUAUUGAAAAGGUUCAAGACUUAAAGUGGUGGGCUUCAUACCUCCAGCUGUUCACACGGUGAAACCCCAGACAUGAUGGACUCUCUGAAAAAUAAAGUUCUGUGGAUAUACUGUACUGUAUGAAAUUAAGAAACUUUUUUGCAUGGACACAGAUUUAGCUGAACACUUAAAUUAUUUUCUUGGGGCUGCAACUUGCAAAAAAAAAAAAAAAAUAAAUCAGCCAUUUUCAACAGUUUAUAUUAUUUUUAAAGAUAAAUUUCACUAGUGCAUGGUUUUAAAGGGAAGAGAAUGCAACAGGGUGAUACAAAGACACACCACGUUUAUCAUUCUUUAAACCAGUCAUGGUCUGUGUUUUUGCAGACUUAUAUUAAAAAAUAAAAAAAUAAUUUCUAGCAAAUAUUUAAAAUUCUGUUUAUGUGACAAGAAAUAAGUGUAAUAUAUUAAAUUUAUUUAAAUGUAAAAGGUACAAGCCUUGUAAAGUUCAACAUAAUGUGCAAAUUGUACACUUCUUUUACCUCCUUUCUCUAUCUCUCCUCCCAGUCUCCCUUCUUCCUUUUGCUCUUUUCCCCCUCUACCUCCCAGGAUGAUCAGCAUAUUCUAAAAUGGCUACCUUUUGACUUAUUACUGUCUUAUGCCCCAUAUUUGGUUCAGGGUUGCAGAUUGUUCUGCAGUUCUGAAUUAUUUGAGAAAAAUAUUGUUUAAGAGCUUACUUUUUUUCAAGCAUGUUGAAAAGGAUUUUGCAACAUGGCUUGGGAGUACAUUAAUGUAAUUCAGCAUGUAUUUGAUAAAGAAGAUAUUUGAACUUUUGCAAUUUAUUGUACAGUGCAUGGUAACUUAUUUUCAUUUUUUCUCACCUUCAAAUUGAAUUCUACAGCAAAAUACUGGAAUCAUGUGGCCAUUGUAAGAUGUCUUCAAUAAAUUUGUGUUCAGCACCAGCAUCUUUCAUUCAAAGACUGAACUAUUAUUUCUUGAAGGUUUUUGGAAAGAGGAAAAAUUAAGUACCUGAUUGAUUUUUAGGAAACAAAUUUAAGCACUUUUAUUUGCACUAAACCAAAUUGAUUGCUACAUUUUUGAAAUAACAGAAGCAACAAAGGUUACAAAUCCAUACAGUUCUUCUGCUGUAAAGUUCAAUUUUCAUAAAUUACAUUUGCAUUGCAAAAGACAUAAUUAGAUAACAUCAGCCUGGAAAGUAUCAGUCUUUGGUUGGUAAAAUAGCCUUAAAGAAAGCUUCUCAGUACCACUCUGUCAGCUAUUUGACGCCAUUUCCAGAACCUGGCUGCAGUUAAUGGAUCUUCAGAGCCCUGGGUUUUGUAGCAGACAGUAACUACCAUUGGGUGGUGCUGCAAGUUCAAGCUUCUCAUUAAGUUUCGUUAUUUAAAGGGAAUGUAACUGGCUAACGUUUAAUAACAAAAUAUCCUUUUUUUCUUUUUCCUGGGUCUUUGUAUGCCUUUAAUACGUACUUAAGGUUUAAUAUUGAAAUCUUGCAAUAAUUUUUAAAGUAUGCUACAUUUACCUUUAUGGCCACACAGAAUUAUUCUGAUUUUAUUUGAAAAUCUGUUGAAGUUUCCCAUUAAUUGUACACGCCUCGUAAGAGGGAAAAAGUAAUAACAGUAUCACUUAUAAUGCCUUUUACUUUGUGCAAUAUCAUAGAAAAUGAGAUUGUGUCUUGUCUGCAGAGUUUAUAUCAUGGAUUAUUGUUAAGUUAAUAGACAGACUGGUAAAAUUAUAUUUAUUGAAAUAAUUUAGACACCUGUCUACCAGCAGCAAAUAAAUACUACUAACAUGCAGUCUACAAUAUCCCCUAGGAUAUUAAACAGAAAUACAUAACCAUUUUCCUGACACUGUGAGAUGUGCUCACACAUUCUUGUAUGCAUAGUCCUCUAUAAAUUAUUUCAAAUUUUAAAAUUAAAGACAUGACGCAUGGAAGGUUUGUACAUAAUUGUCAUUAUGCAGUAUUUAUUUUAAAAAAAUUAAUGUAUUUUUUUUAAUUUUCACACGUCUGCAAUUCUACUUAUGGUUUAGUCAUGUAAAUAGUACUAUUCCAGUGAUCACUGCUGUCUUGUAAAUAGUACGUUUUAAAAAGUUAAAAGGAAUUACAGUUGGGGGAAAAAAAGGGCAGAUUAGGCCUGUAAUGAACACCAACUAAUGUAAAUCAAACUCAUUCUGGUGAUGGUAUUUAACACUUUAAAUAAAACAUUUUCUUUACAGAA